AGCAUCAUUUGAGCUUGGAAAAUCUUUGGAAAUUAUCACCAUGAAAAAUAUAAUAAGGUGUGCUAUCGUUAAAAGAUAUGGCACCAUUUACACAACUCCCUUCAAGAUAUUGUGCUUUUGGCUGGUGCUUUAUGGGGCUGGAGCACAAACUACAAUAUCAAAUACAGCAGAAACUACAGACGGGAACAGUACCACCAAAUGGACAACACAAAUGGCAGGGGAAACCAUGAUUGUACCACCAACUGAACUGACUACAAGCACAGUAUUCCGAGCACAGCCAACAACACUGACAGGACAAACAAUUACACAAACUCCUGAAUCUAUUCUAACUACAACCACUACGAACAAUGAAUCAACAACUUCAACUGUUCUAUUAACUACAACAUUAUCACCAGGAUUGACCAGUAGUACAGUAUCUACAACACAGGCUACAACAAGCCCAUCUACUCUAGCUACACUCACUGCGAACAAUGACUCAACAACUACAUCUGUUCCAUCAACUACAACACCAUCACCAGAAGUGAGCACUAGUACAGUACCUACAACACAGGCUACAACAACCACACAAACAUCUGAAUUUACAUCUUCUCAAGCUUCAAUAAAUGCUAACAGCGAAUCAACAACUAUAUCGACAAGAAUCAACCCUACAACUACUCCAUCAACUACAACACUUUCAUCAGAGGUGACCACUAGUACAGUACCUACAACACAGGCUACAACAACCACACAAACACCUGAAUCUAUGUCUACUUUAGUUGCAUCAACUACAAGCAAUGAAACAACAACUACAUCACCAACAAACAACCCUACGACUAUUUCAUCAACUACAACACCAUCACCAGAAGUGAGCACUAGUACAGUACCUACAACACAGGUUACAACAACCUCUCAAACAUCUGAAUUUACAUCGUCUCAAGCUGCAAUAAAUGCUAACAGUGAAUCAACAACUAUAUCGGCAAAAAUCAACCCUACAACUACUCCAUCAACUACAACACUAUCAUCAGAGGUGACCACUAGUACAGUACCUACAACACAGGCUACAACAACCACACAAACACCUGAAUCUAUGUCUACUUUAGUUGCAUCAACUACAAGCAAUGAAACAACAAGUACAGUGGAAACAACCAAAACUACAACUUCUCCAUUAACAACACCAUCACCAGAAGUAAGCACUGGUACGGUACAUACAACACAGGCUACAACAACCACAAAACCAACUGGAUCUAUGUCUACUUUAGUUGCAUCAACUACAAGCAAUGAAACAACAAGUACAGUGGAAACAACCAAAAUUACAACUUCUCCAUCAACAACACCAUCACCAGAAGUAAGCACUGGUAUGGUACAUACAACACAGGCUACAACAACCACAAAAUCAACUGAAUAUAUGUCUACUUUAGUUGCAUCAACUACAAGCAAUGAAACAACAAGUACAGUGGAAACAACCAAAACUACAACUUCUCCAUUAACAACACCAUCACCAGAAGUAAGCACUGGUACAGUACAUACAACACAGGCUACAACAACCACAAAACCAACUGCAACCACAUCUAUUCAAGCUUCAACAGCUGCCAACAGUGAAUCAACAACUACAUCAGCAACAACCAACCCUACAACUAUUCCAUCAACAACAACACUAUCACAAGAGGUGACCACUAGAACUUUACCUACAACACAGGAUACAACAACCCAAUCUACUCUAGCUACAACCACUACAGUCAAUGAAUCAACAACUACAGCUGUUCAUUCAACUACAAAUUUAUUGCUUGUCGUGACCACUAGUACAGUACCUACAACACAGGCUACAACAACCACACAAACACCUGAAUCUAUGUCUACUUUAGUUGCAUUAACUACAAGCAAUAAAACAACAAGUACAGUGGAAACAACCAAAACUACAACUUCUCCAUCAACAACACCAUCAUCAGAAGUAAGCAAUAGUACGGUACAUACAACUCAGGCUACAACAACCACAAAACUAACUGAAUCUACAUCUACUCAAGCUUCAACAAAUGCCAGCAGUGAAUCAACAACUACAUCAGCAACAACCAACCCUACAAGUAUUCCAUCAACUAUAACACUAUCAACAGGAUUAAACACUAGUACAGUACCUACAACACAGGCUACAACAACCACACAAACACCUGAAUCUAUGUCUACUUUAGUUGCAUCAACUACAAGCAAUGAAACAACAACUACAUCACCAACAAACAACCCUGCAACUAUUUCAUCAACUACAAAACUAUCACAAGGACCGACCACAAGUACAGUACCUACAACACAGGCUACAACAACCACAAAAAUAACUGAAUCUACAUCUACUCUAAAUUCAACAAUUGCUAACAGUACAUCGACAACUACAUCAGCAACAACUAACCCUACGACUAUUUCAUCAACUACGACACCGUCACCAGAAGUGAGCACUAGCACAGUACCUACAAUACAGGUUACAACAACCUCUCAAACAUCUGAAUUUACAUCUUCUCAAGCUUCAAUAAAUGCUAACAGUGAAUCAACAACUAUAUCGGCAAGAAUCAACCCUACAACUACUCCAUCAACUACAACACUAUCAUCAGAGGUGACCACUAGUACAGUACCUACAACACAGGCUACAACAACCACACAAACACCUGAAUCUAUGUCUACUUUAGUUGCAUCAACUACAAGCAAUGAAACAACAAGUACAGUGGAAACAACCAAAACUACAACUUCUCCAUCAACAACACCAUCACCAGAAGUAAGCACUGGUACAGUACAUACAACACAGGCUACAACAACCACAAAACCAACUGAAACCACAUCUAUUCAAGCUUCAACAGCUGCCAACAGUGAAUCAACAACUACAUCAGCAACAACCAACCCUACAACUAUUCCAUUAACGACAACACUAUCACGAGAGGUGACCACUAGAACUUUACCUACAACACAGGAUACAACAACCCAAUCUACUCCAGCUACAACCACUACAGUCAAUGAAUCAACAACUACAGCUGUUCAUUCAACUACAAAUGUAUUGCUUGUCGUGACCACUAGUACAGUACCUACAACACAGGCUACAACAACCACACAAACACCUGAAUCUAUGUCUACUUUAGUUGCAUCAACUACAAGCAAUGAAACAACAACUACAUCACCAACAAACAACCUACAACUAUUUCAUCAACUACAACACUAUCACCAGGAUUAA